AAUAAUUUUUAAAUAUUUUAUCUUUUAGAAAAAUUAAAUUAAUCCAAAAUUAUUUAUUAAAAAUGUGUGAAGAAUUUAAAAAUGUAUUUAAAUCCGAGUAUAAAACUGAAUUUGUAAAUUCUCCAAUUAAAAAAACACAAAAUUAUCAAUGUAGAUUUGUAGGGCGUGAUUGUUACGUUGAUGGUGUUCAUAAAGAUACCCAAAUUGAUCCAGCAAAAGCUGCAAUUUGGAGUCUCAAUGAUGAAGAAUCAAAUCAGCUUAUUAAAAAAUUAUUUCUAGAGAGACAAAAAUCAGUGUACAAAAAAAGCUACACAAGUCCAGUUGAAUAUGAAAUAAACCUAGAAAAUAGAUACAAAAAAAAUACACCAAGGUUAAAAAAUGAAACAAAAGAAAAAAUAAUUGACAGUGAACUUUUGAGAUAUUUAGAUGACUUAUAUUUUAAUCCUCAUGAUGAAAAAAUUUUGAGUACUCCACCAACAUUUAAACGUGUUUUUGGCUACCCAAGUCCAAAAUUUCUUCAUCGUAUUUUGUCAACUUAUCAAGACGGCGUUGGACGUUCUGGUGCCAGUGUCAUGUUUGACAAUGCUGAAUUAAUGUCAAAAUUGAAAAAAAAAAUUCAACAAGAAUUAAAAAAUAAUAAUAAACGUUCUAGUAAUUUUGAUGAGUGUAAAAAUUUAUAAUGUUUGAAGUUUAUGAUGAUGACAAUCGUGAUUUUAUCACAGUUUAUAAAAAACAUUAUUAUCCUAAAAAAUAUUCAAGAGUUUUGAAAUUUACUCCACCUUUUAAUUAUGAGCCACCAAGUAAUCCAAUAAAUGGUCCAUUUAAACAACAUCUAAAUUAUUCCAAAAAAAUAAAAAAUAAGCUAAUUGAUGAUGAUAAUAAAAGUGAAGAUAUCAUCGAGUAUUUACAAAAAAUAAAAAAAGAAAAACCUCAUUUAAAAAUUUGUCUACCAAAUGAAAAUAUCAUACGAAAAGAGCAGAAAAAAAAUUGGAAAACAGUUUAUAAAAUAGAUUAUUCAAAUCCUUUUGAUGAUGAAGAGGAAUUGGAAAAAAUAAUUUUACCAGAUGACUGGAUAAUUCCUCAAACUGUCCAACAAAGAUCCUUUCGAGAUCCAAAAUUAUUAAUGCCUAAAAAUCAUUCAGCUAUGAUGGGCAUGAUCAAGCCAGUCGACAAUCUGACACCAAAUUAUAAACAACGAAAUAUUUUAAACAUAAAAACUGGUGAAUCGGAGUAUACAUCAACAAUAGCAACAACUGGCGAAAAAAUAAUCAAAGAAAAAAUAACUCAAGAACCAGUUAAACCACGUAGAAUUUAUCAACAAGAAAUUGAUGAUUGUGAUGAAAUUUUAAACAACAUUAAAUCCCCAUUAAUUUCACAAGUUUUUUAAAAAUUAAUAAAACAAUUAUAAUUUAUUUUAAAAUAAUAAAUUACUCUAAAAAUGAUUAUAAUUUUAUUUUCUUAAUUAGUAUUAUUUUGCUGGAAGUUUUUUUGAUCUAACAAGAUCUCAACUAAUUGAUGAUGAGUCUUAAAUUGUACAAAGUUCCAUUAUCACUUGGGAAUAUUUAUUGCUACGUUUAGCACCAAGACUAUUUGACCAAGGACUAGUUCAUAUUUAUCUAUUUUAUACCACAUUUGUUGAAUAAUUUAGUAAUUUAUUAAUUAUCAAAAAAAAAUAAUACAAUACAAAUUGAAAAAAAAAAAAAAAAAAAAAUACC